AUUGGGAGGCACAUGACCCGAAAAGUAGUCCUGAUCGUCAGUGUUGCUCUGUUCCGGAUCGCAGGCGUCGCUUCUGCGUGCCAUUCCACCGAAUCUUUUCCUCCUUAUCGAGCUGCGAUAUCUGGCCAUCUCUCUUUCGGGAAAGUCGACCGGUCGAUACGCAAGACUGAUGGUGCUGGGAGGAUUCGUCGGCGAAGUGUGGUCAUUGGGACUAUUUGUGGGAUGCGCUUGCUCGUCUGCAUUGACGUCCGUAUAUCUCCGCAAGCUUUGACGAUCAAGCGUGCUAGCCCUGCUGAGCCAAACCUACUUGGACCAUAUUCGCACCGGACUCCGUUUUCAGUUCAAAGUGCGCAGAGAGGGUGUCCCUGCAGUAGCUGUGCAAUCGUGCACCUGGGCUAAUUUAGCCCUUACUCUAGGUCACAUAGGCCAAGAUUUCCACGCUGUGGUAGCACGACCUUUAGCACCGUCCAGGGCCUGCAUGCGUCAGCCUCACCUUACCUAUCUGGACUCAAUCGACUGACGAGCGUCCAACGGGUAACUGGACCUGCCUUGUCGUCCGACUUUUCGUCGCGCUUUUCUUGCUGCCGUUGGAAGCAACUGCAUGAAGCAGAACGGGAUGAUGAUGUGAAACCCAUUUAGAAGAGCAAGAACGGCUUGGUAACAAUGCAACCAUGUCGCACAACACAGCGGCUCUGUCGGAUGCAAACCGACCAUCCGACUCUCCCUGCCGCUCCUCGGCCCUUCGUGCUCGCGUCGCGCACUGCCAUCGCCUUGGCACUCACCAACAAGAUUGACAGCAGCAGUCCGCUCUGAAUAUCGACGUAAUCUGGCGCAACGGGUGCAGCGCAUGCGUUCUCACUCCCG